CUAAUUUCAUUAUUUACAUGUUUUGAAAGUUUACUUCAUGGAAUAAAAAAUUGUUCGCAAUUGAAAUUCUAAAAUUUAAAGAAAUUAAUUUUUUGAUUUAAAUUAAAAAAUAAAAUAUGGCUUUGAAAAGACUAAAAGGUAAAGCUUCUAAACGAAUGACAUGUCGACAAAAAUAUAAAAUUUUAAAAAAGAUUAGAGAACAUAAAAGAAAAGUAAGACGAGAAGAAAAAAAACAUCCGAAAAAAAGCAAGAAGCAAAAAUUAGUGCAAAUACCUAACGAAUGUCCAUUUAAAGAGUCUAUUUUAAAAGAAGUGGAAGCUAUUAAAGAAAGGGAAAGAGAAGUUCGUAUUCAACAAAAGAUAAUGAGGACGAAAGCAAAUGCUGCAUCAAAAGAAACAAAUGAACCAAUUGAAGUUGAUCAAAAUGUAGAAGAAAUCGAAGACUUUUUUGAGAGUAAUCAAGAAAGUUCUACCGCGAAGAAGACGCAGAAUCAAAAAGGUAAAAAGUUCAAAAAGAAAAAGCCUAAAAACACUGAAAUCGAAAAGGCCGGUAGCAGAACUAAAAAGAAUAAAGUAACAUCUGAAUCUGUUAGUUCAUUAUUAAAAGCUUUAUGAGAAUUAUAGUUUUAAUUUUGACUUGUGUUUCAUAUAAAAUUUAAAAAUAAGGUAAACCUCUAAUAUGUUUAUUUUAACAAAAAUAUAAGAGAUAUGUGAAAUUAUUCAAUUAAUGAAUUCUUUACUUCAUAACUAAUAAAUAUGGAAUUGUUUUCAAUAAAUAUAGUAUGUACCUAACUAA